UUCGUCUGCACUAAUUUGUAAACAUGUUUGUUAGGACAUGAUAAUAAGUUAAUAACCACGAUUGCAGAUUACUCCAUCAAAGUGUUUAUGUAAGCAAAACAUUAGACUUGGGAAAAGUUUUAUUAAAAAACCUUUUCCUUUAUUGUCAAAAUAAUUUAUUAUCAACGCCUAAAAUAAAAUGGAGAAAGAUUUUAAAAAAGUGACACGGAAACAAGCAAAGGCGCUUCAAGUUGCGAGAAAGGAUUUCGAAAUCUGUGAAAGUGAGAAACCUUCUCAAAAUGUUCUUGUUUGUAACGCCGGCUUGGUCACAGGAGCUUCAAGGGAAGCGUUGUUAUCCUUAUUCUCUGGUAUCUGUUCAGUUGAGAAUCUAAUCCUUGUUCCACAGAAAUCCUACGCGUUCCUGGUCUUUCCUUCGUUACAUGAUGCUCAGCAAGGAAUGGAGAGAGUGAACGGAAAAAUGUCCCUGGAUGGAAAGGGACCCAUUUAUCUCUCAUACAUACUCUCAGUUCCUGAAAUCCAGGAUCCCUGGGUUUCUGCUCCUCCUUCUGGUCUUCAUCUCAUCCCGGAGUUUAUAUCAGACCUGGAGGAGACCUCACUAAUAGAAUAUUUCCAACGAGGUUUCGAGAACUCCGAGGAGAUCGGAGAAUCAGGAGAACUCAAGCAUAGACAAGUUCAACAUUUUGGUUUCAAGUUCGAUUAUACUAUUAAUGACAUAGACCCUGACAAACCACUCCUGGAACCUAUCCCAACUGUGUGUGAGCCCCUGUUGUCCAGGCUGGUGGAGCAGGGUUUGAUCCCUGAGCUACCUGACCAGCUAACGGUCAACUUGUACCUGCCGGGUCAGGGGAUACCUUCUCAUACAGAUACACACUCUUGCUGUACAGAUUGGCUGUGUUCUGUUUCCCUAGGUUCCAGUAUAUUAAUGGAGUUUAAAGAUACCAAGGGUUCUAUUGUGCCUGUCUGGUUACCAACCCGUUCUGCUCUCAUGCUGAAAGACGAAGCAAGAUACUGCUGGAAGCAUGGGAUAACUCCUCGUCAUACUGAUAUUGUCCCCUUCUCCGUCCUCUCUACAUCUUCUCAGUACCCGGAGAUACAGAACCUUGGGAUAGAAAACCAGGACAGAGUCAUCUCUAACAAGGGUUUGACGUUGGUGAAGAGAGGAACGAGGAUGUCUCUUACGUUCCGUAGAACGAUGAGAGGAGAGUGUAAAUGUAGAUUUCCUGAAUUUUGUAACAGGGGUUCAGGAGAAGUAAGAAAAGAGUUGGAAAACUCUGCAGCUCGAGUUGAAUCCUCAUUGGUACAUGAGGUUUAUGAAGAGAUAGCCUCCCAUUUCUCAGAGACAAGACACAAACCCUGGCCCAGAGUUCUAGAAUUCAUUCAGGAUAUACCAGAGGGCGGAGUACUGUUGGAUCUGGGUUGUGGGAACGGAAAGUAUCUUGGUCAUAAACCCGGACUCUUAGAGAUAGGCUCAGAUUUCAGUCAUAAUCUUCUUAAGAUUGUCACAGACAGAGGAUUUCAAGGUGUAAGGUGUGACAUGUUGUACCCUGGAUUCCGGGACGGAUUUGCUAACGGAGUAAUCUGUAUCGCAGCUCUCCACCAUCUUGCAACCGAAGCUAGGAGAAGAGAUUCAGUUUUAGCCAUGGCCCGUCUGCUUGAGUCCGGAGGUCGUCUUCUAAUCUAUGUGUGGGCCAAGGAUCAGAAAAAAGAGGAAAUGUCGUCUUAUCUAAAGCAGAACAAGAAGAAUUUCAAGCGAGGAGAGUCAGGAGAGAAGAAGAAGCAGGAGAAGGGAGAGUUUGGAUUGCCAGUUCAUAUCAACAGAACUGUUUUUGAGCAUCAGGAUGUCUUGGUUCCUUGGAAGCUGAAGCCUUCAAAUGGAGUUGGAGAAAUGAAAACCUUACAGAGAUUCUACCACGUUUUCGAGGAAGGAGAACUAGAGAACCUGGUUCUCUCCACGGGGCAGUUUAACCUGAUAGAAACCUACUACGACGAGGGGAACUGGUGUAUCAUUGCAGAACGGAAAUAAAAAAUAUUAAUUUCUAAA